ACCGCCCCGGCCGGGCCGCGGGGCGGAGCUGCGGGAAGUGGGGCGGCUGUUGCCCGCGGCGUGUGAUCGGCGGGCUGGGAGCAAAGGGCGCCCCGAGGGGCCCCGAUCCCCCGGAUCCUGCCUCCCACCUCUCCCCGCCUGCUUGCUCGGGGCCGGAGCGGCACAGGCACAACUCGGCCAUUUCUUGGCGCCGCGAGGCAUGAAGCUCACCAAAGCCCAGUACGAUGAAAUAGCCCAGUUCCUGGGGCACGUGCAGCCCACCCGGCAGAGCCUGAGGAAGCUGAAGGAGAAGUUCCCUAGUCAAUCGCAGUCCACUCUGCUGAGCAUCUUCUCCCAGGAGUACCAGAAACAAAUAAAAAGAACACAUGCCAAGCAUCAUACUGCAGAAGCAGUUGAAUCUUACUACCAAAGGUAUCUGCAUGGGGUGAUGAAAAAUGCCACUGCCCCUGUUUUACUGGAGCUGGCCAAUGAGAUGGACUUUGCUCCGUCUCUCAUGGCUCGUAUUGUGUUGGAAAGAUUUCUACAAGAGCAGGAACAAGCCAUCCCAUCCAAAACUCUUAUAAAUAGUAUGCUACGGGAUCCUUCUCAGAUUCCAGAUGGAGUUCUAGCAAAUCAAAUCUAUCAGUGUACUGUGAAUGACUGUUGUUAUGGACCACUGGUGGACUGCAUCAAACAUGCUAUAGGACAUGAACAUGAAGUCUUGCUGCGAGAAAUGCUUUUGGAAAAAAACCUUUCUUUUAUAGCCGAAGAUCAGCUUCGUGCAAAGGGUUAUGACAAAACACCAGACUUUAUUUUAGAAGUGCCAGUAGCUGUUGAAGGACACAUAAUUCACUGGAUUGAAAGCAAAGCCUCAUUUGGUGAUGAAAGUAGCCACCAAGCCUACUUGCAGGACCAGUUUUGGAGCUACUGGAAUAGAUUUGGCCCUGGAUUAGUCAUCUACUGGUAUGGAUUUAUUGAAGAGCUGGACUGCCAUCGUGAACGUGGCAUCCUGCUAAAAGACUGCUUUCCUACUGACAUUGUGACUCUGCGACACAGCAUGGCUCAGCGCUGAUGGUGGGAGGAAGAGGAAUCCAUACCUUGUUUUUUUCUUAGCUGACUUUAAGCAAGGAAUCUGUUCAUAACCCCCGUAGGUACUGUAACAUGCAAUUUUCUGGCAUACUAAAAUCAAAAAGAAUAACAUAAAGAGGCUCUCUACGUGGAUUAUUUCUGAAGACUAUCUUCCUGGAGUUCAAGAAAGGAAGUUCAAAAAGAUAAAACAGCACUGGACAGAUAAAGCAUAUAAGUGGGUGCAAGUUUCCUGAGCAUUCAUGUAUUCUUGUAAAAGCAUCGUUUUUCUCCUCCUGGAACCACCAAGACUGGAGGUAGAGUGAGGUGGAUGUUAGCCUUCCUUCAAGUCUUAGAAAGUUCAAUCUCAUUCUCUUUGUAUGCUCAGCACCACCCAGGCAGCAUUAUUUAGUCUCAGUUUUCAUCUCUGUAUUGGAGGUUGCUUAAUGGACAAAAAAAAAUUAAUCACGUUACUUAUUACUCUAUCUUGAAUUUAUGUUUGUAAAGAAAGGACAAAGUAUUUGAAAGGGUCAAACAAGAGUUCAUAAGUAUGUUCACAACGUUCAGAUUUUCACAGAAGUUAGGCAGAGGUACAGGUCUGUUCUGGAAUUAGAGGUAUGAUAACAGUCUUCUUAAAGCACAAAUCGAUAACCUCUUCCAUAAGGAAAGCGUCUUUAAAACAUUACUGUGCCUAUUCAUCUUUUUUCAGUUGAGGUGAUACUUGUGCAUCUAUAUGAUUUCAAGAAUCACAUGUGAACUAUUUGCUGUCCUCUGAGUUAAAAAAUUAUUACUAUUCACUGUUUUUUUGCAGAUGCGUACACAGUAUUUAUGUUUUGAACUUUUAGUUGUCACUUCAAAACUUUUUGGUAAGCAUUAGAUUGGAGUUUAUCAUUUUGAUAAAUUUUUCAUUGUCAGGAAUAAAAUAUCUUUAGCCUUAGUGCUUGUCCCUUGUUGCAGAGAUAAGUUAGUAUAGCUCUGCUACAGUGAGUAAGUAGCUGGUAUGUAGUGAUAAUUUUCUUAGUUUCAAAUGUAUAGUAGUUUGAAUAUUUUUUUUCAUACCUGCAACUUGUUUGUUUACAACUAUUUGAGGUACUGUGCUUAGCUUAUUCUACCUGACCAGCUUUAUGGAUCUGCACAUAAAGAUACAGAGAAGCAAUCUGCGAAGUGUACCUACUUGAUGUUGCUGCAUUUAGGGUGUUGCUGCCCUGGGGACUUUUAACUGUAGUUUAGGUUAGCAGAGAGUGCAAAAUCAACAGAAUUAAAAAAGAAUUAAGAACAUUAUUAUAGUAGAAAACUUAAAAGUAAUGGAUGUCUAUGUGAAAUAAGUUUUAAGGGCAAUGUGGAUUUGUUUUAGCUUGUGCAUAUGCUUUAUGUUGUAUGAAAUCAUUUAAAUCAGCUUUUACAUGACGCACUAAUGCUGUUUUCUUCUUUUUGAAUAAAUUAAAUUUAUCUGCACAGAUGUUGAAAAUUCUGCUCAACCUCCAUCAAAGCUUUGCUUUAUUUGUUUUUACAUUAACCAAAUUUAUGUGGGGGGACACAGAUAAAUCAGGUUAGCCUUGUAUUUGUUUGUUUAUUCUUCUACCUAAUGCUGUGGCAUAGCAGGUUGGAGAGCAGUACAGCUGCCUUUAAUCAGAAUUUUGACCUAAUCUUUAUAUAUAUUGCCCACUUUAGGAACCUGUGUAUUAAGAUGAAGUUGAAAUAAACCACAAAAAUCCUGCACUCAUUUAAUCACGUGCAACCAAAGCAAGCUCUGCCACUACAAAAAUUAUGCUGUGUCACUAUUUUAAAUGCUGAAAACAAGAUUAAAAAACAAUUAACUUCAUGAUCUCUACCUGUAUAAUGUCCUUUAUGUAUUUCCUGUUUAUCAGCUGUAAACAUCAACUUAAAUAUUAAAGAAGAGAAUACUGUUUUUUUUCUGA